UUGAAAUCCACACACACACACACACACUCACACACAAUUUCGCUUUAACCCAAACAACAGACAAAAUCAUCAAAUCUAGAGAGAGAAACUAUAGUGGUGGUGAGACUUUAGAGAGAGAGAGAGACUCGAAGCCGAAAUUCAGCAUACAAAAUCACCAAGUUGUUGUGUGGGAGUGGAACUCAGUGAGUCACACAGCAUGCCCUCAGGUCCGAAGAAGCGAAAAGCUGCGAAGAAGAAGAAGGGAAAUCAGCCCAACAACCAAUCCAAUCCAUCAUCCUCUGUUUCCACUCGCUCUCAUGAGAAAAAGAAUGUGAAUCAUCAAGGUAAAGAGGAUCUUGAAAGACAAAUCAAGACUGGGCACGAUGAGGCGAUGGUGAAAUCUAGUGAUGGAGGUUCGUCUGGGAGCUCUAGCAAUAGCAACAGCAAUUCGGAUAGUGAUAUUGCUGCAGUUAUUAAUCCUGCGAAGAUAGCCAAUUCUUCAGCGGAAAGUUCAGCUGCUAAGGCUAUCGAUCAUGUACCUGUCAGAGAGGCUAAUGAAGAUAAAGUCGUGUUGUCGACGACUUUGGCGAAUGCAGCAUUAGAGAAGAAGGAACCACUAGUGAAAUCUGUUGACAACACUGCUGCAAUUUUAGAUCCCAAAAAAUGUGUAACGCAAGAAAAUGGCGAUAGACUGACAUUGCUACCCAAUGCACCUAGAGCUAAUGAUGAUAAUGAGGCAGAAAACGAGAAAGGUGUCACUGAGCCUUUGCUAGUUCCUUCUCCAUUGCCAGUGCAAAAAACAUCUUGGAAGAGUUGUUGUGGUCUGUUUGAAGUGUUUUCUGGGUCUGGUUCAUAAUUCGAGAAGCAGAUACGAAUGGGCUUCAAAGGAUUGUGGAUGAGGAAUACGAGGAAGGAGCUCCAAAGAGAUGCCUUGUGAUAAUUCUUUUUCUUCGUCUCAAAAAAUAAUAAUGGUGAAAAAAUUUAACGGGGCAGAGUCGGUUGAUGAACUAAAGUUUCGAUAGUAGUACGAGUCAUGUGUUGGGAAGCAUCUAUCUGAUAGUUAGUUACCAUGAAUAUGAUAUGAUGUCUUUUGAUUUUGCAAGUGGAUAUAUAGACUUGGAAUGUUCUUUUGGAGUAUUAUUUUAAUGGUUUGUUCCUACUUUUACUUUGUUCUUCUGUUGGUUGUGUGGAGGCAACUUUUUGUUGGGAUUUUGAAGUAUCAUAAACAUGUUUAAUAUAAAUUAUUAGCUAGUUCU